AAUACCCGGAUGCCACGGACCGGAAGUUAUUGAUAAACGCCGACGACACGACGAAACGAGGCUCAAACACCGAUUUAAACUAAAUGUAUCUAUUUACGCAUAAUGGCCAAGCCUUUUAAAGACAAAGAAGCAUAUCUCAGACUUAAUUACCUCUACCAGGCUGCUCAUUGUGUCCUCUCUCAAAACCCGGAGAACGUAGAGUUGGCCCGUUUCUACUGUUUCACUCAGCGCACCGUUGCAAGACGCCUCGUACUACGGCAGGACCCAUCAGUGAAAAGAACAUUGUGCAGGAAGUGUUGCUCUUUGCUCAUCCCGGGUGUAACAGCAACAGUGAGACAACGAAGAAAAAAAGGCAAGACUCGCCGCACUGUGCUGCAGUGUAUCAGCUGUAAGCACACCAAGUCGCUACGGAACAACCCCGACCAUUGCUUAUGGGUGGACCGACCAGAGGCUCAGCUCCAGCAUCAACAACAAUCAGGUCAAGUUGUUUCUGACAAAAAUGCGCCACAAAAGGCAUCAGAUGAUCAGUCUACAUCGCCCAAACCCAGUACAAGUACCUCCACUACAUAACACACCUCCAUAACUUACUUAUUUGUAUUUUUUUUUGUACAUUUUUUCUCAAUGUUUCAAAACUAAUUUGAUAUAGGUGAGGCAUUACAUUUUUUUUACAAAAUAUUUUAUUAAAAUCAAUUCGCAAACA